AUGUUAGGAAUAAUAUCAUCAAUUCUAAGAUGGUCAAUAUCACCAGUGAUAUUUAUUUAUAAUUUGAUUCAUUCAAUAAUUUCUCACACAAUUAUCAUCCCAUUAAAAAUAUUUUUCAAAAUCUCGAUAUACAUACCAUUUUUGAAAAUUCCUGUUAUUAUUCCCUUGGUGUAUCUUUUAGAAUUACAUGAGAUAAGAAGUACUGAUUGGAUUUUAGCCCAAAUUGAAUUAUUCUCAAUUACUACUUUACAUUUUUUGAUUGUUUGUAUUUUUUUGGGUGGUAUUGUUGGUACCAUUGCGGGGAUAAAUAUGAGUGCCAUUUCAAUUGUUCUAUCGGGGGAACCAAUUGUAUCGACACCAGCUACUACUACUACCACCACCAGUAUUGCUUCGGGUAAGCCAAGUAUGAAAACUGCAGGUGUUGAUAAGAGUAAAUUAGAACAAGUGUGGGAGAAAUCACUUGGAACUGGAUUUAGCAACGAAAAUGAAGGAUUGGGGAUUAAGAAGAAACUUGAAGAAGUAAUCAUUCCUGAUAUAUUACCCAAUAUAUCCAAAUCAAGAAUUCAAUUGAAAUUAAAGCAGCAACAGCAGCAACACCAACAAAUACAAAAAUUGAAAGAACAACAAGGAAUAACUCUUCGAAAUCCAGAAUUUAACGACACGCAAAAACUUAGGAAUGUCACAAUUAAUGAAGAGCUUGGUGGUGGUAUCGAUAAUGAUAACAACAAAAUUAAUGAAAUUCAUGAUAUAGAUGAUAUUGAAAGCACAGGGAUUGAAGUUGUUGGCUUGGAAGAUGACGGUUAUGCAUACACAGGAGGAUUGAGAAAUCGUAAUCAAUAUCAAUAUCCAUCAAAACAAAAGAUAACGGCCAGGGCAUCUGGUCAUGCAUCAUUAAAUCUGCCACAGAUAGUAUCAGCAACCACAGGUAGGAAAUCAAAAGACGUGAAUGAUGAAACGAGUACUGAUUCCAAAACAGUAAAGUUUGCAGAUGAGUUGGUACAAGAUCAGCCAACUGGGACACUGCUGAGCAAGAGAAAGGCAGCAUCAACAGUGAUAUUUGAAGAAGAACAAACAGAGAUGGAACAAAGAAACCUACCAAGAGGUGUCAAUAUUCUACAAGAAAGUGAGGAAGUCAGUAGUACUGAUGAAGGAGCGUUAUCGAAUAUACCAGAGGAGACAGAAACGGAAACGGAAACGGAAACCGAGAAUGAAACAGGAACAGGAACAGAAGAAAUCGAAGAGCAUAUAUUUACUCAAGGUGAAAGUGUAACAGAAGAUACUCUGUUGUAUUGA